UACGUAUUCCGCAUCGACUUCGUUCCCCGGUUCGUUUGAGGCCUCUCGCUGGAAUCAGCAUAAUUCUCCAGAAUAUAUUUACAGUAUAGUAUAUUAGGUGAGAAACUAGCUAGUAGAGUAUAUUCUCCUUUUUCUUUCCCUUUUUUUGUGCUAUCUUUAUUAGGCGAUGGCUGCAGUUGUGGAGUUUGAGGGUCAGCAACUCGUGAACGACAUCUUAGAUCUAUCCAUUCAAGACCAGACUAACAUGAAGAGCAUAUCUGAGGAAAAGCACGAAGUUGAUUUUGAGAGUAAUCAUCACGGGGUGUGUGCUAUCUGUUUGAAUAGGAUAGUGCUUCAAGAAACUGCUCUUGUUAAAGGUUGCGAGCAUGCCUACUGUGUGACAUGCAUCCUUCGGUGGGCAACCUACAAAAAGCAACCAACAUGCCCUCAGUGUAAACAUCCAUUUGAGUUUCUCCACAUUCAUCGCUCACUUGAUGGAAGCAUUCAGGAUUACAUGUUUGAGGAGAGUGUGUGCCUUCUCCUCAGAGCAUCAUGGUUCAGGCCCUUGAUUGUGGAGGAAAAACAAGAAGUCGAUGAUAACAUGGAUUAUCUUUAUGCAUAUGAAGAUGAAGACGAAGAGCUAGCAGACUUCUAUUUUAAUAGUUCAUCCCAUCUCCGAAUAGGCAACCGGAGAUGGGGAGACAAUGGAUAUGUCAGGGCAGGAAGGCAAGAAGCAAUGCCUGUUCCUCGACCAAAUUCCCAGGACGUAGGUGCUGGCUCGUCACGCCGGACUAAGAAGAAAGAGGCUGAUGCUGCUCCUAAAGAAGCUGUAGGCCGGCGUGCAAAGAGGGCACUCAAGCGUGAAGCUGCUGAUAAGGCGGCUGCUGAAAAGCACCAGCAGCAUUUGGUGAGGUUGGGUCGGACGUGAGUUCUGCUCCAUCUCUAACCUAAAGACCAGACCAUGACUUAAUGUAUCGCCACUGUACAGUUUCUCUUUUCUCUCGAUUGUAAGAUAAUGACACAGUUUAGAUGCUGCAUUAACUAAAUGGGAUGAACCAUGUUCGUGCCAUGUUAUGUCCUUCAGAGAUAUAGAUUUAUGACAAUGGGAAAGCAAGCUUCUUAUUUCCUAGUGAGCAAGAGGGUACCUGUACCCGCAACCAACACAGGUGGGUAGGUAGAGAAUACCUAGGGGCAGACUUACAUCUCCAAGUUUAACUGAGACGUAGGUACAUUGUUCGGUGAUUUUUUUUUUAAAUAAUUUUUUUAA